AGUAUCUUUAGUCAAGUGUAUGUUGAAACUGAAAAUCUUAUAUUAUUACGGAUUUGUUUGAAUUUAAUGCAUCGAAGAUAAACUAAUAUCAGAAUUAUUGUAUGCGUAUAUACUAGUAAAUGUAUGAUAGAAUUUUUUAUAAACUAUCUUGCAAUAUGUGAUAUAAAUGUGCGUAAAAUCGAAUAAAAAUAUGCAUCAUAUUUAAAAAGUAACAAUAGAAUAAGAAAAGAGGAAACGCGAAUUUUUUGUGAAAUAUGGAUAACUCGGAACAACGCACAACAAUGAUAAAGUUUGAGGAAAUAGAUAGAAUGAAUAAUGACUCGAGAAAAUCUUCAGUUCUUUGUCGAGACGUGAAAGGUGUACGUUUAAACGAGAAGUGUACGUUCACGUGUACGUGUGCUGUUAUAGUACUGUUGUCACAGGGAAUGGUGAGCUUUCCCUGGCUAAUACCGUACAUAUAUGCUCUACUAACACCGGUCCUCGUCACAAUACGUAUUGUAAUGUACUGGAGAAAAAGAUGGCAUUACUUUCUGUUAGAUUUUUGUUACUAUGCAAACAUGUUUUGUCUAAUAUUUCUUUGUUUUCCGAGCAAUGGCAUUAUUUUCUCGAUCAUGUUUUCGUUAUCACUUGGUCCAUUAAUAUGGGCUAUACCAAUCUACAGAAACUCGUUGGUUCUGCACAGUAUUGACAAAGUUACAUCUACAUAUAUCCACAUACUUCCACCAAUACUCUCGUUCGUAGCUCGAUGGUAUCCGAAGGAAGUGUCGAUCUAUUGGUACACCGAGUUUCUACCAGAGAUGCCGGAACUGUCUGCUUUAUGGAUAUAUAUUAUACCAUUUGCUGCAUUUGUCAUACAUAGUUUGAUAUAUUCGCUCGUGGUUAAUGUCUUGAACAGUUCUAGCAAAGAGGUUUCUAGUUAUAAUUACCUUGGCGAAAAAGAAGACAGUUUUCUGUAUAAAUUGUUUAAUUGCGUGGGAAAAAGGUACCGUUGUGGUAUGUUUUAUGUUUGGAACUGGAUAUUUUGCGCUCUUACGUUGUGUGGGUCGGUGUUGUGUUAUUAUUCAUUCACUAUAAACUGGAUAUGCAUUCUUUUCCUCAGUUUGACUGCUAUAUGGAACGGUGCUAGUUAUUAUGUUCACGUGUUUGCCGUACGAGGAUUUGUCGAGGAAAUUGAAUAAUUGACAUUUAUAGCGCUAAAUAAAUGUGAACAUGUGUUUAAACUAAAUUGUAAUCAUUAUUUAUCCAUUUGUAAUAUAUUGACUGUAUAACCUAAUCAUUAAUCAUCCAAAGAGCUGAAGGGAGACAACUCUACUUAAUAGUUUGGAACUAGACCCUGUGUGUUUAUACUUCAAUAAGCGCAUAAAAUAAUGUUGAAAGAUAUAAAUGACACCAUCAAGGUGUAUUAGGAUUUUCAUAAAACCCGUAUGACUGUAAAAAUCAAGUGUCAAGUUUCUUGAAUGUAUAUAUACAUAUAUGCUGUUAUUUCGUGAUUUUCUAAAUGAAGUUUUAUUUUAAAUGAGUUUUAUCAUUUAAAUUGUAGCAUGUAGAAAGAUAGAAAAUAUAUAUUGUAUAUUCAUA